CUGAUUUCAGCACACCUCUGGUCCCAGACUUCGGGUUGCAGACAAUCCAAGAUGGCGGUGUGGAGUAGCAUGCUCCGUACCUUGGGUCAAAGUAUUGUCAAAUAUCGCGGAACCGUGCCGGCAAAAUUCCAAAACAAUGGAGCUAUUAGAAACAUGUCGGAUCAUGGGCCACGCAUAUUCCCCCUUCAGCCGAGUAGAUGGCAGUGGAACAAGACCAAGGACCUCUUUCACUUUUACGUGAUGCUGGGUCUCAUUCCUGUCGGCAUCAUUGUUACAGGAUCUUACCUCUUUGUCGGACCUGCAACUCUUCAAGAAAUCCCUGAAGGCUACGUUCCGAAACAUUGGGAAUACUAUAGAAAUCCAAUAUCCCGGUUCAUGGCUCGUUACAUCUUCGCCUCGCAUCAGCAGGACUACGAAAAAGCAUUGCAUUUUUUAUGGGAUGAAAAUCAAAAAACCAAGCUCCGUUUCUUGGAAGAACGUGUCCAGAACUUGAUGAAGGACAGGUCUGAUUAUCAGGCUUGGUACUACAGACCGGGUCUCGCCAAGUAUUACAGAUACAGUCGUACGACAACCGAAGAAAUCCACUCCAUGGAUGGAGAAUAAACUCCCAGUAGAGUGCUUAUCCUCCCAUGAUAAGCCAUAGAUUAUGAAAAUUUUAGUUUCUUUCUUAAUUAACCCUGUCAAGAUUCAGCCGAUUGAAAGCUUUAAAGCAAGCGAGGAAAUGUAGUAUCGAAUUCGCAUUUGUCAUGUUCAACUGGGCGACAAGGUAUCACUGUACAGAUUGAGUGUAUAAAUAACGUAUUAAAAUUACACGAGCCAACAAA